AGCAGCAGCGACCUGCAUCAUGGCGUCCUUCCUCCACUAACUUCGUUAUUGUCCAGAUUUUUUGUUCAUGUUUUGGUGCUUUGCUGGCAGGUCGUUAUGAGUUGUGUGUCACACUACACGCUGGAGGUGGCACACUUAACCCGGUGUUAAGUGCAGAGAAAUGCCAAAAUGGAGGAUGGACUUCUAAGCCUCAAGUGGAAUAACCACAAAAUCACAUUCUUUGAAAUUCUCAGGGUACUUAGAGAAAAGGCAAACUAUACAGAUGCCACUAUUGCAGUGGAAGGAAAAUUCUAUCCUGUGCACAAACUGGUUAUGAGCACAUGCAGUGAAUAUUUUAGUGAAAUUUUUGAAAGAACACCAUGCAAAUCUCCUGUGAUAGUGCUCAAAGAUGUGCGAAGUCAGGACAUGGAUGCACUUUUGGAUUAUAUGUACUUAGGUGAAGUGAAUGUGAACCAAAAUGACUUAGCUUCGUUACUGAAGACGGCCGAAUGCCUCAGAAUUAAAGGCUUGGCAGUACCUGACGAAGAUCCCACAAAGUUUAGGAAAGGACAAUCUGAUGACAGGAGAGAGAGUCCACCACCAAAGAGAAGACGACACGAAGACUCUUCAUCUCAACCCCUAUCACAAAGGCCAGUUUCUCCUACCAUUUCAGCCUCAUCAAAAACUACACCUCCAUCUCGAACGCCUCCAUUGCAACAUCAAACUUCCUCUUUGCCAGUUUCUCAGUCGCAAGACAGUGUACAUGACUCGAUUGUUGAUCCUCCUCCCAUGGUAAAAGUUGAAAUGGAGGAGGCUGAUGAUCCAGAUGAUGGAUAUAGUAGACGAGACAAUAGCUAUGAUGGUGGUUCAGUAAAUGAGGGGGAUGGCGAUUUUGGCACAGAAUUGUCAAAAUCUGAACACGAUCCCGAUAACUACGGUAGUGGUUCCUUUCCUGGCCCCUCCAUUCAGCCAGGGGGAGAUCUCCCUUGGGAUGAGGGAGACUCGAGCAGUUUCCCUCCAGAAGGCUUCUCUGGAGAUCUACCAGCUGGCCAGCAACCACAAGGGAAUCUCCCAGAAGUACCGAGUCAUCAGCAGAGAGAAACUGUGUCAACUCCACUUUGUGUCAAAUUCGAUUCACUUGAUCUGGAAACAACCAACAAAGUCCAUUGUUUACAGAGAUGUCUGUCAUUUACGGUCACAGCAGUUAUGAUCACCAUUACCAGCCACCUGCACCCUGAAGAGGAUGAAGGGGAACUAGCUGGCAGUGGUGGCGAUGGUGUCCACGUACCACUCACCACCAUGGCCUCCUCUCUUGACAACCCUAAUGGACCUCCAUUACUCACUCCAAUAUCCCAGGCUCGGCAGUGUCAGCUUUGUCUUGUAACACUUGCAAAUGCAAAUCUCCUGCGGCGUCAUGUGGAAGAUCAUCAUUUUCACAUACGCAAGUAUGAUUGUGUUCAUUGUGGAAAAAAGUUCAAGAGGAAAGAACACAGAGAAAGGCAUGAGAGAAUUCAUACUGGUGAAAAACCCUUUGUAUGUCAUAUAUGCAAUGCCAGGUUCACACAGAAAGAACACCUUAAAGGACACAUUGAAAAUGUACAUCUCAAGCAUGGUGAAAAAGGCUUAGAAGGUUUAUUAGAUUUUGAGAGAGAGAUGGAUGAUCAAGAUGACCGAGAAGAUGAAGACGUAGAUAUAUUAUCACCGGCUUCCCCACCUCCUACCUCCACCUCUCCAUCCCUCGCCCCAAUCUCAUCUCUCUUAUCAUUGGCCUCAUCUGCCUCACCACUGACUUCCAUCUUGCCCACACCCAGCCUGCUCUCCAGCAGUGCCUCCAUCAUUGCCACCACAUCAUCAUCACUGGCACCCACCAUAACGACCACAUCAUCAUCACCCAUCACCUCAGCAUUGAUUCCCACAUCAUUGGCCAGUGAUCUCAACAUGAACCAGUUUACUGCUCUUUAUGCACCAGUUACUCGGAAGACAGUGAAUUCUCCAAAUAAACACAUGCAGACAAUUACUAUCAACUUCAAUUAGUGCCAGUCAGUCAACACAUGCAUUAAAUACAGUAAACUCUUGUUUGACCGUAUUCUACAUAGUGCAAUUUUUUGUAAGUAAAAUUAAAAUGUGCAUAAAAAAUUGAAGAGCAUCCACUAUGAAGGUCUUUUUGUGCACUAUUCAAUUAUCAUGCACUUUUUUAUUGCAUUUGCACAAAAAUAUUGCACUGUGUAAAAAAGUUUUUUUACAAGACAUCUUACUGUAUUUUUACCUUUUUUAUUUAAUCUUAGUCACUGCCAUUAGUAAUGACGACACUAUCAUGUCAGUGUCAUGUAAACUUGGUAUAAUAUAUCCAUUAGUUUGCCUAUGUAAUGGUCUGCCUUGCAUUGUCUUCAAAUAUUUGGAACAUUUAUAUCAACUACAGUGUUACCAUAACUAACCAAAAAUUUGUUUGUUACUAGGUGACACAAAACUUCAGUGAGUGACACAUGAGAAACAGUUCUAGAGUGACACACAUAUAAGAAACAGUUCUAGAGUGACACACAUAUAAGAAACAGUUCUGUAGGUAACACAAAAGUACAGUAGGUGACACGUGAAGAAAGACAUGUGACACAUGAGUAGGGUAGGUGACACAUAAGUACAACAGGUAAUAAAUGAGUAUAAUAGAUGUCAGAGUACUGUACAUGAUGCAAGUAUAUUAGGAAAUAAAUGUGUAGGUGACACAUGAUAGUACAGUAGUUGGCAAGAGGUAGUACCAUAGGUGAUAAGUACACAUGACACUGGUACAGUUGGCAACACAAGUAGCACUGUAGGUGAUAUGAUAGUACAGGUUACACAUAAUAGUACACUGUGUCACAUGUGACCCAUGUUAGUACAGGCAACAAGUGAUAGUAUAUAUAGUAGAUGACACAUGAUAGCACAAUUGGUGAUACAUGAUAGUAUAGUGACACUUAACCCUUAAACUGACCAAGCAGAUCUACGUUCACAUGCGUAGUGCUCCAAAAGUAGAUCUAUGUUUUUUUUUACAUAUUUUCAAAUAUAACAAAAAAAAAUGUAGAUCAAAGUUUUUUUUUUUUACACUUUUUCAAAUGUAAAAAAAGAAAAGAAGAUCUACUUUUUUUGCAUACUUUCAAAUGUUGAAAAAACGUAGAUCUACGUUUGGACAGUUUAAGGGUUAAUAGGUCAAUAGGUGACACAUGAGAGUACAGCAGGGUACUGUGAUGCACAAGGAUGCAGUAGGUGGUACAGUAUGUGACACAUAAUACAGUAUAUGAUACAUAAUAUACAGUAGGUGGCACAGUACAGUAUAUGAUAUGUGAUAUACAGUAGGUGGCACAUAAUGGUGAUACAUAGUAGUACACUAGAUGUCAUCAACUACAGGUACCAUUUACAUGUACAGUAGGGCCCUGCUUUAUGGCGCUUUGCCUUAUGGCGUUCCGCUAAUGUGGACAUUUCAAAUUAUGACCAAAACUAUAUACGGCUCCCCCACCUGACUUUCUAAUACGGUCACCACUAGCCGCCCAGUUUGUUUACACUCUCUGUGAGCACAACUCUCCGUUAUGUCUGUAACUUAACCUGGAACUUAACCUGCCGUAUAAGUGGGGCCCUACUGUAUAGGUAAGAUGUCCAUAGGCUGAUACAUACACAAUAUGUGACACAUUGGUAAGAGACAGUUCAGUAGGUUAAUACAUAAGUAACCAAAAAGUUGACACAUACAUAAGAGACAGUACAGUAGACUGAUAUAUGCGAGACAAAACAGUAGGUAAGAGACAGUAAUACAGUAUUUUGAACCUAACUGUUCUCAGUGUCCUCUCACAGUCCAGUAUUGUUUCACGAUUGUCUGCACUCAGAACUUUGUAAACUUCACGUUUGGUUGAGAAUUUGAUGCCAAGAUGUGUAAUAGGAAGUUAGAAAAAGACAGUUCCAUCUUACUACUACCAUUCUACAGCCAAUGCUUUCAAUUACUAAUUUCCUGAGUGUUGCCAGUCUUUUCCAUGGAAAGCGCUGGCCUGGUGCCUUAGCAUGCAGAUCUGUGAUAUUCAUUUUCUUCCAGUGCUUAUGAUAUAAUACCAUGUUCUUAUGUAGAGGCUUCAUUUUGAAAUGCCAUAAGAGUUUUAAGAUAAUUCCAAUACAAAAAUGCUACUGAGUCAUUUGUAGAGUGAUAUAUAAUGCAGCAGUCUUUUUGAAGUCCUGCUUUUUCUCUUGUAUACUUUAAAAGGAGGCAUUGUGCUGUGAAAAAAAGGCCAGUAACAUUCACAUAUUCUGUAUAACAAGCUAUGUGGUCUUAAAAUGUAAGCUUAAUUGUGUGCUUAAUAUGUAGUGCUUCUUGUAGUACUGACUGGAUUGAUGGUUGUAGUAUCAACAAGUGCUGCUUAGUGCUAGUAGUACUGAAGAGUGCUGGUUGUAGUAUCAUCGAGUGCUGCUUGUGGUACUGACGAGUACUGGUUGUAGUAUCAACAAGUUCUGCUUGUGGUACUGACUCAAGUGCUCGUUAUAGUAUCAACAAGUGCUGCUUGGAGUACCAAUUCUGAUUUCAUCAAGAAUGUUGAUACUGUUUUCCCCUUAUUAAAAUAAAACAUGUUUCAGAUUCUUUAUGGGCAUUGGUAAAGGCUGUCAAAGAAUCAACAUGGUAAAUGAAGGUCAGAUUUGGUUCCAAGAUAACAUCUUCAAAUGUUAUUAGUAAUUAUUUAAUAAUGACAGAAUGAACUAUUUAUUAUUUAAAGUUCACCUAGAAGGGUAAUAAAGUACACCUAGGAUGGCAGUCAAUCUCCAGAAGAUAUUUUAUGCAGUAAUAUGUUUUAGAAAAAUGUGUUCUUGUGAAAUUUUGUUCUAUAACACGAGAAUACAUUAUAACUGCAGGACUUAGGUUGAAGUAUGAGGUUGAUAGCACCCUUCUCUCUCCUUCACAAUCAUACUAGAUUGAGACUUAAGAGAAACAUUGAAUGUGUUAAACAUGAUUCUUAUGCUCAAAAGUGUUUCCGUUUAAGUUAGUUUUCUCCACAUAUUGCUUUUAACCAAGUGCUAUUAUUGAUUAGUUCUAGAGUCUUUGCCAUUGUCUAUUUUUUUUUUAAGUGCAUUCUUGGGCAUUAUUUAAUAUUGCUCGCAUAAUUCUCAGACAUCUCAUUUUCAUCACUUGUAAUCUGAUCUGUUCACAUUUGUCAUUUUCAGAUUAAAUAUCUUGUCAGUGCUUUGCAUUUUCAACCACAUUCUUUAUGACUUGCUAAUAUAUAUAAAAUGUUGGUCUUAUUGGUUAGCGUAAAGUGCCUUAUUACUUCCUGAUAUCAAACUGUGAUGUCAGUGCAUUAGUAUUUACUCCUGAUAUAAAGUACAGUGGUUUCUUUCCUUGAACAUCAAAAUUUCUUAAGUUACAGUCAGCAUUAUAUUUAACAAGUGGAUAUAGAUUUGUUCUUAAAGGACAAAUGCAGUUCUUGUUUUAGCAGAUUAAUUCAAAAAUUAUAAUAAUUUGAAUUGAGAUCAUAUGUAAUGACAAAGUAAACAGUUGCUUUUGAAAAUUUGUCGAAGAUAAGUGAUCCAACAAAAAGUAAUUUAAUAUUUCAUAAAUAUUUCAUUUUACUGGAGUUUUUAAAUCCACAUGCUAUGCUUGACUGUAGCUCAGGUCUAUUUAAAGCCAGUAGAAUUUGUAAGUGUAUAAGCAUUGGACAAGUUAGGAUUAAGAAAUGCUCAACAAUAAUAAGAGUAAAAUUUCAACCAUUGACUACAUUUAACUCCUCUUAUUAAUUGUAGACUUAGUAAUGUUGAGAGAUAAUCCAUGCAGGUAAGAGAUGCAGCAGUGGUUAUUGCCCAUACUAAAUAGAGAGUUGGUUUAUUACCGAGACUCAAAACCUUUGGCAAAAUGACAUGACACUAAAUUGUGAACAUUGCAUCAAAACAGUCUGACCUCUAUAAAUCGUAUAUUUAUGUUAAUGUAUGCCAUAAUUGGUUAAAUUUGCAUACCUAACAUUAACCUAGGCUGAAUAUUGCAUGUAAAGAAAUUAGCUUCAAUAUAUAAAGUAAAAAAAACCAAUGCUUAAAAGGUUAGGUUUUGACCAACUGCUGGUUGCCUGACGGUGAUUAUCGGAUGUAUGUUUUUAAGUAAUUAUAAGAAUUAGAUGCUGUACAAAUUUUAUGUAUCCAUACUCUCCUACGUGGAUACAUCUCCAGUUGCCAAGAACUUUUUAUAUUCAUUUUUUUUUUGUAGGUGUAUUUGGAAAUUCUGUUCUAGUUGAUGUGGUUUUUAAGUCUAUGCAGAUGUCAUGUUGUAUCAGCAUUCUGUAUGGUGUACUGGUUGAGGUAUCAACACUCAGUAUAGUGUACUGGUUGAUUUAUCAACAUUCUGUAUGGUGUACUGGUUGAAGUAUCAACAUUCAGUAUGGUGGUGUUGUGUACUUAUGGAUCAUUCCCACCUUUAUGUUAACAUGUUGAAUUUUUAUAUAUUUUGUCAUACAAGGUUAGUAUUGCUGUUUCAUAAGCAGUUAUUUGGGUUUGAUAUACUAUAUUCUAACAUGUAAAAAUUGAAAGAUUUUAUUGGUUCAUUUAUUCUGGGACAUGAAAGUUGUGAUGUCUUCCCAUGAAGUAGUGGUGAGUUUCAUAUAUGGUACAGUGACCUUGUCAUGUACAGUAUAGUGACCUUGUCAUGUACAGUAUAGUGACCUUAUGUACAGUACAGUGUGUGUGUUGGAUCAUCCCUGAUGAAGGGACAGGCUGCUUCCUGAUAAUGGAAAUUUGAGAAAAGUGUAUCAGAAUUUCAAGAUAAAAUUUUGUUUUGGUUAGUUUGAUUCAGUUCAUCAUUGUAUUUUGAUACUAUACAUUAGUAUAUAUGAUGCAAAAUAGAGAAAAAGAUGCUAAAAAAAAAAAGAGAAAAAAUAUUUAAAAAUACUCUUUACCACUAUUUCUAAUUUUUAUCUGAAUAACCAUCUUCUUCCAA